AUGCCUGACGCCAAGAAACCCAUGCUUACUGACGUCGAAGCGGCUUUAUGUUUGGCGAUGAUUCGGUUCAACGAGGGCGAGCACAAACUGAACUAUGAGAAAAUCGCCGCCGCUGUUAAUGUUCAGAAGAAUUCCGCACAGGUUCGUACCCUGCUACUCCUCGCUGUCACUCAUCUAGACCGCCUCAUCCCCAUGUCACUAGACUUCCAUUGGUGUUUUGAGGACAUGAAGAGAAUGUCGUACCUCGGUUCUCACGGACUGAAUUCCCCAUUUCAUAUCAGGUCUCCACCUCACUCGACAUCCCUCUUCGGGUUCAGGUCUAAGAUCUCCGCGCUUCGCAAGAAGUUCAAUCUCCCAAGCUCAAAUGCAAGUACUGCAGCUGCCGCUCCUGCCACGAACCAAACUAGCUCCAGCAAAAGUCGCGCGGGCAAUAGCGGCAACACUAAUCCAAGCACUGCCGCCACACCUGUCAAGAAGACCCGCGCUCCAGGCGCCGGCCGCAAGAGGAAGGCCGAUGCAGUCACCACUAUGGCCGCAGCAGGACCCGACGUCCUUGCUGCUUCGGGCCCGACAAAGAAGAAGGUGAAGGGCAAGGCCAGUUCUAGCGGCACCAGAAAGAAGACCAAAAACAAGUCACAGAUGCCGACUCCACAGCAAUCUGCCACAAGCGACGAUGAUGAGGUGGCUAUCAUCCCAGGAACCGCCGUCGGCAAUGCUCCUCAGAUCAACGACCCAACCGCUCUGAAUAGCGUCAACCUUGAAGCGCUCGCCCAGCACCUCCUCGAGGCAGAUGACGAGUUGCAGACUUCAGUCGAGGCGGGAGAGCUGAGUGACUCAGGCAUCGCUGAGGGCCGCGGUGCUACCACCAGCCGCCCUGAUGAUGUCGUUGGACAGUCUUACAGCAACGGCCCGGACGACGCGGAUAUCGGCUUCGUCGGCGUCGAAGACGACAUGGAGACCCAUCCUGGCCAGGAUUGCGGUGAUCCUCAGGUUUUUCGCCAGAUCGCUCGAGCUGCUGGGUAUCUAGAGUAAUCGGCCAUCGGAUCGUCCGCCUAGACAGUUGUCGGCAUGAUCAAACAGAGAGCAAUGCACACAUGCCGUAUGAAGAAACACUUUUCUGUGUCGAUAACAGCAGAUGAAGCAGGCGC